UAUCUCUGCACUGAAGCUCGCCUCCCGUGGCUUCUCUGGGAUAUUCUUCGUUUCGGGUUAGGGUUUCGCUGGGCUACGAGUUGAGAAGAUGGCUGAAGAUGUUGGAGUUGAGAAAAUGGUUGAAGAUCUUAGGAACGAAGCUAAGGCUUCGGAAUUAGCUGUGACUGUGGGUGCCCAGAGAGAAGAUGAGGGAAUUGGAAACAUGUUUCAAGAUGGUGGGGUUGAGAAUAAGUUUGAAGAUGCAUUCGAAUCGAGUCAGAGAGAAGAAUUUGGCAAUGAUGAGCUGGAGAAGGCCGAAGAUGGUGGAGAUUAUGAGUUUUGUGUGGGUGACAUUGUAUGGGUUGAGACGAAAAUAAAGACAUGGUGGCCUGGUAAAAUUCAUGAUCCUGCAGAUGCAUCGGAGCUGGGGAUGGUUAGUCAUCAAGAAGGCUGUUUACUUGUCGGCUACUUUGGGAUGGGGCAUGUUGCUUGGUGCCGUCGACGCCAACUGAAGCCUUUUGCGCUGUUGUUUGAGCAGAUUUCAGGGCAAAGCAAGGCUAGGAUUUUCGUUAGAGCUGUAGAGAAAGCCCUUGAAGAGUUUGGUGGCCGUGUUAGAUUGAAUAUGACUUGUGCCUGUGUUUUGGAACGAAAUCGACUGUCGGUUGAUGAUGCAGCAUCUGAGGGAGGAGUUACAGUUCCUGACCGCAACUGUGGGGGACUUGGUGAAAUUUCAGUUACUCAUUUUGAUUCUGUAGAGUUCCUGUCACAUCUGAAAAGUCUUGCACGGGUUGUUUCCAAGGUUGGCAUACUUGAUUUCAUUGUUAUGCAGAGUCAAUUAUCUACCUUCUAUAGCUCCACAGGGCAUUGUCAGCUUCCUAUGCAUCUACUUCAGGAAGGAAGUGACACCGAAAGCGGUGCAGAUGGAACCAUGCUGAAGCAAACAGAGGAAAUUGUUUUUCAUCAAGAAAAGAAUGAUGAUGGUGAAGGUUUUGCAAAGGUUUCUGGUGGGGGUAGUGCCGAUAGAACCUCCAUCUCAAGUUCAAAGGUCAGGAAGAGAAAGAUGAAGAGGAGUUCUGAAAUCGAAGAGACUGGCCUCUUAAUAUCACCAACAGUGAAAGAGGGAAAUGCUUCCGGUAUAGGAUAUGGUGAUAGUGGAAAUGAAGGAGUGACUGAAACAGGCGCAGAGUCUAGAGAGCGGAAAAGGAGUAGGUACUUGUCUUACCCAUACGUAAACUUGGGGCAGAUAGGAUCAUCUGCGGAAGGGAUUGGUGCAACUAUUGAUGAUGGACCACCUUCAAAUGUUAAAAGCACUGGCGAUAAGUUCUGGAGGAAAUGGUAUAGGAGGUUUACUGGUGUGAGUAACACAUCUGGUAAUUCAUAUUUGAAAAAUACAUCUUCUGCUGAGUUGCUUUCUGAAUUCUGCUCUGCUGCCAUCAACUGCCAGUAUCCAUUCGAAAAUAAAGCAUUUGAUACAGUUGCUUGGUUUGUAUCGAACUUCAGGAUAUCUGUAUUUCAUGACGAGCCUAUUUGUGAAACCUAUAGUAAGAACAUGGCUGGUCAGGAUGACGAUACAUAUGCUGAAUCUUGCCUGUUGGAAAAUGUUGACCAGAUUCAGGGUAAAUCUGUGCCAAAGAAAAGAAAUAAAAAGGCUGUUUUGAAGAACGCAGAGGAUGAAGACGCUGCCAACACGUCAAGUUUAGUUCAAAGCCCUGCAACUGCUGUACAGGGUAUGAAUGUAAAUGUUGGCAAGAAAAGGGGACGACCAAAGUUAGGGAAAUCCAAGACUAAAUCUCUUUUUGGGAUGUCAGAUGUCAAUACCAGCAUUUCCCCUGAUCGGCAAAUGGCACAAGAUUUUUUAGCUGUCGGCCCUGUGGUGGCCUGUGAUAAGCCUAAACGAAAGAAAAGAGAGAAGGCGGAACGCGCAAGUCAAGCGAGUUUGCAGAUUAAACAAACAAUUGGUAUACCUGAUUUGAAUGGUAACAGUGUUAUACCUACCGUUCUGGUUAAUAAUCAACAGAGCAUUGGCCAUGCCGCUAUUGAAGGUAAUGUUGAGCGUGAAAAGAGAUUGGGGACUGUAGCUGCUUCAGAGCAUUCAAAAUCCAAUGUGGCUCCUGGCUUGGUAGAUGCCAAUGGAAACAAUUUGAAACCUGGUACAUUGGUUGUUGAUCUGGGGAUUCCUGCUCAGGCUUUUCCAUGCCUGGACUCUAACCAGGUUACCAGCCCGCUAUCAGCUGAAAGUAAACCUGCUCCGAAGAGAAAGAGAAAGGGGAAGGUAGAUCUGGAGAUCCCUGUUCAAGCUAACGGCAUUCCUGAUUUGAAUGGAAAUGUUGCUGAACGCCUUAAACCUGAGAGGAGGAAGAGGAGGAGAAAAGAAGAAGCUUUAGCAACUGCUCUCCUCUUGACCUUUGCCCCAGGAAUCCCGAUGCCUUCGAAAGAUGAUUUAAUUUCAACAUUUUGUAGGUUUGGACCCUUGAAAGAAUCAGAGACACUAUUGUUAAAAGAGUCUAGUAGUGCACAGGUUGUGUUCAUGGAAGGCGCUGAUGCUGGAGAAGCAUUUCAGAGUUUAGAGAAAGACAACCCAUUUGGCACAAACCUUGUUGGUUACAAGCGCUUUAAUCUUCCAUCAGUUUCCUAGGUUUUAGCCACCAGCCUAGCCUCUCCGCCUAAAAAGAGAUUGCUGACUCCCAUACGAUAGCUUGCCAAUGGGACUUGCCUUGACGUCGUAAGGCAGAAUCUUCAGUCUAUGACAUCAAUGCUGGAGAGGUCGGGCGAUAAUCUUUGUCAAAUGAUGUGAGCCAAUCUGGGGUGUAAAAUAAAAGGCCUCCUACAGAAGGUGAGCUCCACAUAUGGUUCUUCCUCUGCUUAAUCAGAUUAGGUUAUGUACAUCUUAUGAAUGUUGUAGUGACCUUUUAGGGCAGGCUCUUUUGGUGAUGUUCAUGUUAAAAAACCUCUUUGAUAGUUUGAUGUGAGGGCAUGAGUAGUGACUAAUUUGCACUGGAGCCACUAUGAAUAUUUUAUCUUCUUUUGGCUAGGGGAUGAUCUGAACUGUGUAUUCUGGAACCUGUUUGUAACUUUUUCAGUUGGUGAAUGAUCAGCCCGUAUGCAUCUCUAUUGAUGUAGCUUGUAUUAAGUAUUAACACUUCUCACGUUGUAUGUUCUUUCCUCUGGCGUUUCUUCUCAUUGCUUUACGAACUGACAAAGUUGUAUAGCCUUUUCUGCAUGAAAUUAUUGCCAAUGCCUUUGAAGUGGGUAGUGACGUUAAUG